UGGAGAUUAUGGGAAAGCAGAAGGCACCUUUCCCUUGUUGGUUUUGCCUUCCAAAUUCCUUUCAAAGGGGUAUUAUGAUUUUAUGGCCUACUACGGAUCCUAACCAAUUAAGAAUCCUCAGCCUGCCUAGUCAAAGUACCCAAUUUGUACCAUAAAUUCCAUAGGCACAAAAUCCAGGUAAACUAGGAAACUAAAGUAAAUGCAGAAUCAACCAAAGUCGGUAUGGUUAAGAUUCAUUCACAUUUUCCACAUUCUUUUGUUUUGAUUUUGGCCAAUCUCUCCUCUAUAUAAACACCACCUUCUAUACACAUAAUGUGCCAUACCCAUAACACCAAAUUCUUCCCCCAGAAAAUGGCAAUGAUCCUUUUCCUUGUUUUCUCUCUUUUCUUGCAAGGAGCUCUUGGUGAAAUUAUAUGCGAGGAGUUGUCGGUUGGAAUGUGCUCCUUCUCAGUCGCGUCUUCCGGGAAGCGAUGUGUGUUGGAAACUACAGCCUCGAGUGAAGGAAAUGGGGCCUUCCAGUGCAAGACGUCCGAGGUGGUGGCGAUGACCAUGCGUGAAUGGAUUGAGAGCGAUGCGUGCAUUGGUGCAUGUGGCGUUGAUAGAUACUCCAUCGGUAUCUCAUCCGAUUCCCUCCUCGAGCCCCAAUUCACUGCUAAUCUCUGCUCACCGGCUUGUUUCCAUAAUUGCCCCAACAUCGUUAAUCUAUACUACAAUGUCGCCUUGGGAGAAGGGGUAUUUUUGCCCGAGUUGUGCGAGGCUAAGCAGACCAAUCGACGGCAGUCAAUGAGUCAAAUCCUAAGUUCUGGCGCAGCAGCAGCAGCUUCUGAUUCAGUCUAUGCUCUAGCUUAUGCUCCUGAUGCUGCCAAUGCUCCAGCUUAUGCUCCUGUUGCUGCCUAACCUGAAGAUGCUGCUGGUCCUGCCUCUAGUGAAAUCACCCGAUUCGUUACUUCUUCUCCUGCUUCUAUCAGAUAAAUUGUCAUAGUAUCACUUGGGCUCAUCUAUCAUACGGUCACAUAUAUACCGGGAAUUUUCGUAUGAAAAUCAGGAUAGUACGAUCAUUGUAUGAGAAUUACAGUGCCCUUUACUCAUAUGGUUGAAAGAAGAUUAUAUUCUGUUACUAGAUGAGAUAAUUGCAUCCCUAGCUACCACUUUUGUUGGUAGUCAAAAU